AACACAGUUACUUCCCUUGCCUAUAUUAACGCCAUUUGUCAUAAAUCGAUUCGAAAAAUAAAAUAAAAAGAGAAAUACGAUUCAUCUGGUUGGUGCAAAGUCCUAUAAAGGGCAAGUCAAGCAGAUAUUGAACAGGAUGCAUUCAAAUCACUUCUUCCUAUAAAUCAACAGAAUACUUCAUUAUUCUAUCAGGGAAGGUUAUACAAGAGUUCAGAUUAAAAAAUGGAGGGCCAGGGCAAUUUUAGACCAAACUAUAACUAUACUUUCAAUUCGUAUGAUAGAGUGUCAGACAUAGGAGUACCACCUGAUGAUAACCAGGCAAUAUUUCCAACAGAUAAUCGCCACUACAUAGGGUAUCCAGUAUUCCCCUCCUCAGCAGAUAUGGUAGGGCCACAUUUUACAGCUAACAGACCGCAGUCAGAUUUUUUUGGUAUGAAUUUUACUACAGAAAAUUUUUGUGAUCAGAUUAAUACUCCAGUUGACCAGUCAGGGAAGACUGACAAAGAACCAGAUUCAGAACAUAUUAUGGGGAAUAUACAUAAUCCUUUUGUGCAAGACAGAAGUUCUGCAAUGUCUGCCUUUAGUGUUCAUGACAUUACAAGGUCUUCAAUAUACGAAAAAAGUGUUAAAGAACAUUUUAGUGAAACCAUUUCAAAAGAGAAGGCUGAUGCUGAAGAAAAUAUAUCUGCGACAAAAGACAACACAGAGACUAAAGGUGUUAAAAGGGAAAUAGAAAAUGAUGAAGAAGAAACAGAACAAAACAAGAAAAGUAAUAAAGAUGAUUCAUCUGGAUAUAAACAUACAGAUAACACAAAUGAAGCUAAUGUUCUGAUUAGUGCUAUUAAAGAAGAAUCUAUAACAGAUGAUGAAAAUGAUGAAAAUCUUGAAGGUGGAGAAAGUGAUGUUUCUGAUGCAAGUACUAUCAUUGAAGAUGAGGAUGAAAUUGUUGACAAAUUAAAGAAAAAACAAAAUAAUCUAGUCGUCAAAUUACAGGAUAAAAGCACAAGGAAAAAACCUAGGAAACAAAAAAUGCCAAAGCCUGUUUUACCCAAGGACAAGAAAGAAUUCACAUGUGAAACCUGUGCUAAGGUUGUGCUGUCAUUACGAGCACUAAUCAAACACAAAAACCUUCACACUGAAAACUUUAAAUGUAAGGAGUGUAACAAGAUAUUCAAUUCAGAAGAAUCUUUAAAGAAUCAUGACAAAGUUCAUUCUGGAUUCAUUGGCAACGAAGUAUGCAAUGUUUGUGACAAGACAUUUUACGACAGAAGUUCACUGAAUAAGCAUACCCUGUCAGUUCACAUGGGGAUCAAGAACUUUCAGUGUGAAUACUGUCAUUUGUCAUUUUUUGCUCGUAAGACGUAUGAGGAGCAUGUGCGAGUACACACAGGAGAGAGGCCAUACAAAUGUGAACACUGUCCAAAAGCGUACAAACGGAUUUCUGAUCUAAAUCAUCAUGUGAGACUUCAUAAAGGUGAAGUGUCUCAUACAUGCGAAAAAUGUGGUGAAGGAUUUCGCAGAGUGUCGGAGCUGAAUCGUCACAUGACAACAAAGCAUGUGGGUGAUAAGACAGAAGUUACUCCAGUUUAUAAAUCGAAAAGCUGCAGUUGGUGUGGGCUAGUGUUUAGUACGGCUAAGGCUUUAAAUCAACAUUUUAGUACGCAUAUGGAAAAUAUAAAUGCAAAACAAAUUGGUGGACAAAAUCUUGUUGCUUUUCAGCAUGAUAAAAUGAAACUAGUUGAAGAGAUGGUUCAGGAAUUUGGAACUAAUUUAACUGGACCUGGAAUCUCUGAAGUGGUUGCAGAAAGUAGCUUUUUAUCUAAUGGACCUAAUAUUGCAGAAGGCUGGAAUUUUCAAACCCAGCCAAGAAUUACUAUGAAUCAAGGCAUAGAUAUGACCUACAAAAGUAUGGUAAAGACUGAACCAGCAAAAAAUACUGAUUAUAUGUAUGACAGGAAUGACUUUACAGCAAACAAAUCAGAAGAAGUAUUUAAACUUGAUAAUAAUAAAGCCCCUGAAGAAGUUAAUUCCAUAGAUGUGGAAAAGGACAUGAACAAUUCACCAAUUACAAUUGUUGAACAGUCUGGAGUUGAAGCACCAAGAGAAAAGGGAGAAUACAAUGAAUGUAAUGAUUCAACUAGUACAGAGGGAAAAGAAAGUGAUGUUGUUGAGAGCCAGAAUGAUUUUGUGAAGUCUGAAGUCAAUGACUUUUUUGAUUAUGAUGAUGAAAAUGAUGAUUAUGGUGGGGAUACAGAUGUAGAAGAUUAUAAUUAUGUCAUAAACAGUACAGAUGUUAUGGACAAAAAAGACAUUCAAGAAAAACUAGGUGAAAUGGUACACAUUAAAAUAGAAGCUGAUGAUGACAGCAUAAGUGAUGUUGAUGGAAAAUAUAAUUCAGAAGCAGAUGUUAGUAAAGAUCCUGAUUUUGUACCAGCAAGUGAGAAAAUAAGUAAACGGAAAGCAACAAAGCCAAGAAAGAAAAUACCAAAAAAGAAGAAAAUUAAAAAGGAAACUGAUGCAAUGGACAACACAGAAACUAGUGGGAAAGAAAAAAAGAACGAGAAACAAAAAUCAAAGAAGCAAAGGCUAGAAGAGGAAGAUGGAUCCAUGGAUCUUGAUGCUUUGAAAUGCUUACAAUGUGGAAAAUAUUUUUCCAAGAAAGUAAGUUUGGUAUUACACAUGAAUCUCCAUCGUGGUACGCAUUCUUGCGAAAUAUGUGGAAAAUGUUUUGCAACCAAAAAGUCUCUAAAAACUCAUAUAGAUAAUCAUGAGGGACGGAAAGUGAAUACAGCAACGUGCAAUGUAUGUGAUAAAGUCUUCUAUGAUGCCAGUUCGAUGAACAAGCAUGUUAAAACAGUACAUAUGGAUUACAAACCAUUUCCAUGUACAGAGUGUGACAGGAGGUUUUCUGAGCAUAAAACUCUUAGCGAACAUCUUAGAGUUCAUACUGGAGAAAGACCUUUUGCAUGUGAGGUUUGUGGAAAGACCUACAAAAGAUCUAGUGAAUUGAACUUUCACAUUCGCAAGCAUAGCGGAGAGGUAAAUUUAAACUGCCCAGAAUGUGGGAAAGGGUUUAUAAGAAUGGGUCAGCUGCGUCAACACAUGCUAUUGAGACAUGACAAAGAAAGGCCUUUCAGAUGUUUCCUAUGUGCAAAGACAUUUCCAACACAUCCUAUGCUGAAAGACCACCAGAAAAUGCAUUCUAUCCAGAGGAAGCAUGUGUGUGAAAAAUGUGGAUAUAAAUUUCAUACAAAAUCAAAAUUAGAAAAGCAUUUGAGAAGAAAAACUGACUGCCAAACUGAUUGUGGUCUUAAUGCUAAUGGAAUGUUCGUUUGUAAAUAUUGUUACAGUGAAUUUUCAACUGUUGAAGAAAGAUAUGCUCACCUAGAGGAUGUUCAUAAAAAUGAUAAGAGACGUACAUAUCCUUGUGAAGUAUGCGGAAAGCAAUUUCGCAGAAGUCAAGCUCUGAAGAUUCACCUUAAAAUUCAUUAUCAGGUACGUGACUAUAAAUGUACAAUGUGUAGCGCUGCCUUUAUCCAGCGUCAUCACUUAACACAGCACAUAGCUACCCACACUGGAUCUCGUCCAUAUCAGUGUCAUUUAUGCCUGAAAAAUUUUGCCCAUAGUGCCACACUUUAUAAUCAUAUGAAACAUCAUUGAUGAAUGUCUAGUGCUACGAAUACCUUCAGUUUAAGUCCCCAACUACUGUAUCACUAGAUAGAAAAUAUGGUGUUUCCAUACCUGGCUCACCACUUGGCACCAUCCUUGCCCCGAGUACUUUCCAGCAACUCUUGGCUGAUUUUCAGCGUAACUUCAUUCGAAGCUGCACUUUCAAGAGGAGAUGCCCAUAUUAUCUUGAUGUUUCAGUCUUAUGAUUUUUCAGUGAGUUAUUGACCUUAUAUCAUUCAACAUUGAUAUGCUAUAGCACCAUUUCUUCUCCGUAAUAUUCCCCAGCCACAACUGGCUGGAAUUCCUUGAAACUUAACAGAAAGCUUAACUUUCAAGUGGAGAUGUGCAUUAUUGUUCCAGUUCAAUAACUUGUCACUGAGUUUUUUCUCUUUGAUUAUUCAGCUUUAGCAAAAUAUAGCACCAUCCUUGUUCGGAUUAUUUCUCAGCAAUGUCUGGCUUAUAAACGUCACAGGAAGCCAAACAAACAAAUCAGAACAAUAUAAAAAGAGAAACUAUAGGGAAAGUACAGUAUAUGGUUUAAAUCAAUGACGCAAAAGCAUGAAUAAUGCACAGACCAGUGCUGUACCACCGGACCUCCAUAUAGAUUUACUGAUCACAUGCACAUUCCAAACAAUCAGUUGUAAACAGGAACAUUAACCAGUCCAAUUUUUUAAGUAUAUUCUGCACCUUCAGAUCAUUUGACUGAUUUUAGGGGCUGCAAGAGCUUAAAAUAGAAAAACCCCUUAUUAUUAUACUAAGCACAGUAUUGUUUCUAUCAUUCAUGAUUCAGUGUGUCAUACAAAUAUUCAAGAUCAAAUUAUUAGUUAUAGGUCAACGAUUUGCGGUCGCUUUUGGUCCUCUUGUUCUUAUUACAGUGCAAAUUAACCUUAUAUAAAAUAUUUAAGUUCAUUACACAUUGUUACAAAUUUUUACAAUGUACAUUUUGCCCAGUAGAUGAAUUCAGUUUUUGUGCUUUUUAUAUGCAAUAAUCAUACUUCGGGGAGUAUUUAUCGGUUUUACCGAUAUUUUCUUGUUUCUUAAAGAUGGAGUGCAAUAUAGAGAAAAUGCGUUUUGUUCUGAAACAAAAAAUGUGGCUAUUUUGUCAAAAAGUAAAGAUGUAGUUCAAAAUUUAAUGAAGUUUUGAUCCUUCAGUAAAUUCAAAUGGGUAAGAGUUCUUUUCUAUCGACUUUGGGACAUACUUGGAAAAAUGCAAGUCUUUUUAUCUAGUUGCAAAAGUAAAGAUGUUCCAUCGCCACAGAUAGUGAAAUACAACAAUAAGAUGAUGCCAGGGAAAGCUAGGUGAAUUUAUUUUGUAGCUUUGAUAUACAAUGUUGUUGGAGGUGAAUUUUGUAUAGGCAGUAGUAUUGUUUUCUGUUUUAUUUCUUUGCUGUUGUGUACAACGAAUUUGUAAUUUAUUUGCUCUGUAAUUAAUAUGUAUCGAUGUAGUGUCAGGAUCAACAUUUUGAAUUGGUGUUCAUUACUCUAAAUAUAAUUAAGAAACAUGGCCACCAGGGAGCAGUGGUCAGACCUUUAGCUCACCUGAACUUGGUUCAGGGUGAGCUAUUAGUAUAGGUGGACGAUCUGGCCCCCUUUAUCCUGCAUCAUCAUUUUUACUUAAAAUUAUUUUGAAACUAGUCAGAACUAUAUAAAACUUGAUUAGAAGCAUCCUUGCAUGGACCUGUCCCAAGUUUUUUUUUUCAAAUGGUUCAGCUUGGCCCCUGUUAGAGGCCACCAAAGCUAAAAAUAGAAAACCCUGUGAACAACCUCUCAUGGAUCGUAGUACCUGUGUAAUGUCUUCUCUCAAGUUCUUUCCCAGUGUUAGAGCUUGGUUCCUUUCGGUGGCCAUAGAGCUAAAAGUAGAAGAAAAAACUUUUAAAAACUUCUUAUGAACAAGUUGUUGGAUCUUCACCACACUUGUAGCAUUCCUGUAUGGUUCAGAUUGUUCAGACAGUGCUGCCUGGCCCCUUUACAGGGCUGCCGGAGCAAAAAUUAGGAAAAAAAUAAUGCAACUUCUGUUCAUGAACCUGUUGAUCGGUCCUCACAUACCUUGGGUUGUAGCAUCCUUGUUAGGUCAUCUGUCUGUUUUAUUGAAAUGGUUGGGUCGAGUCCUUUUAAGAACGUACGCAGCUGAAAACAAAUUUCAAACGAUUUUUCUCGAACUGCUUGGCCUUGGCCUGUGAAUGGUCUCUGUUGAUUUUGUUCAUAUGGUUCUGCUUGGACUGCCUAUGAAGCAAUAAGAAGAAAACCUUGAAAUGAUUUCAACUUGAGAACAUUUAUGAACCUUCACCGAACUUUAUCUCUAUCAUAAUUCUGCGGACAGUAGGCUUAAAUGGGAGAGGGAAAACAUAUGAAAAGUAUACUGAUCCUUUGCAUGUGAUCACGUGCGCGCGUGCCAACGUGGUGCAGUGUCCCCAAGCAUAUUAUGCCACGUGUUAACCCGAUGUUUCGCCCAUGUACCUUUGUUAUACUACCUGACGCAUAAUGUGUGAUACCAUGCGUCAUACCACGUGUUAUAAACUAUUUGAAGAAUAAGUAGACCUAUCCUACACACUACGGCGCCGGCGUUUGCGUCAGCGUCACACCUUGGUUAAGUUUUUCGUACCAGUCCACAUUUUGACAAAGUCUUUUUGAGAUAAAGCUUUGAAACUUUCAACACUUUUGUACCAUCGCCAUGUCCAGUUUUAGGCAAGAGUACAUACCGGUAACUCCAUCAAGGAUUUUGGCUUAGUUGUGGCCCCUUUUAACUUACAAAUCUUGGUUAAGUUUUUCGUAUCAGUUCACAUCUUGUGUAAAGUGUUUGACAUAUGGCUUUGAAACUUUGAUCAUUUGUUUAUUAUAAUAGUCUCUAUCUGUAGGCAAAAAUACAUAACUCUGUCAACUAUUUUGGCUGAAUUAUGGCCCCUUUUGGACUUUUGGUACAAUUUUUGUACAAGUGCAUGUUUUGUCAAUACUAUUUGACAUGUGGCUUUGAAAGUUUGAACAAUUGUUUAUUAUCAUGAGUUCUAUCUGUAGGCAAGAGUACAUAACUCUGUCAAGGGUCUUGGCUGAAUUAUGGCCCUUUUUGGACUUGGAAAUUGGUUCAGUUUUUGUCCACGUCCCUGUUUUGUUAAAACUAUUUGACAUGUGGCUUUGAAACUUUGAACACUUGCUUAUCAUCAUGAUUUUCAUCUGUAGGCAAGAGUACCCAACUCUGUCAAGUAUUUUGGCUGAAUUAUGGCCCUUUCUGGACUUUGAUAUUGGUUCAGUUUUCAUACAAGUCAACGUUUUGUCAAAGCUAUUUGACAUGUGGCUUUGAACUUUGAACACUUGCUUAUCAUCAUGAUUUUCAUCUGUAGGCAAGAGUAUAUAACUCUGUCAACUAUUUUGGCCCUUUUUAUAUUUUUUUUGAAAAACGGGACGUAUUAUGGGAACGCCCCGGGCGGAUGGGCGGGCGGCGUCCACACACUUUGUCCGGAGCAUAUCUUCUUCAUGCAUGGAGGGAUUUUGAUGAAACUUGGUACAAUUGUUCACCAUCAUGAGACAGAGUGUCGUGCGCAAGAACCAGGUGUCUAGGUCUGAAGUCAAGGUCACACUUAGAGGCCAAAUGUCAGAUGCAAGUUCAGAGCUCCAGAUAAGCUUUUGGUGCAAUUGGGUAUUUACCCAUCACUUUUUGUCUGAAUUGGGUAUUGGUAAAUUUGAAUUGGGUAAAAAUAAUAUCAUUACCCAGCCUUUUCAGAAGUCCCUAGGUCUAAGGUCAAGGUCACACUUAGAGGUCAAAGGUCAAAUUCAAGAAUGACUUAGUACGGAGCUUAUCCUCUUCAUGCAUGGAGGGAUUUUGAUGUAACUUGGAACAAUUGUUCACUAUAUAAGACAGAGUGUCCUGCAUAAGAACCAGGUCCCUAGGUCUAAGGUCAAGGUCACACUUAGAGGUCAGAGGAUACAAGAAUGAAAACUUUGUCCGCAGCAUUUCUUCUUCAUGCAUGGAGGUAUUUUGAUAUAACUUAGCACAAAUGUUCACCACCAUGAGACGGAGUGUCAUGCACAAGAACCAGGUCCCUAGGUCUGAAGUCAAGGUCACACUUAGAGGCCAAAUGUCAGAUGCAGGUAAAGAAUGACUUUGCCGGAGCAUUUCUUCUUCAUGCAUGGAGGGAUUUUGAUGUAGCUUGGCACAAUUGUACACCAUCAUGAGACAAAGUGUCAUGCGCAGGUCCCUUCUUUAGAAUUACUUUCCUUUGUUUUACUAUAAAUAGCUUAUAUUGUAAGUUUUUCAAUACUGGUCGUAGGGAAAAAGCAAGACCACUUUUCUGUAGUACAACAUGCAUUUUUACAUCCAAAAUUGAGGUGUAUUUUGACCUAUAGGGAAAAACCAAGACUACUUUUAUGUGGUACAACAUAGAUGUGUUACUUGCAAGUUUAAGGUGUAUUUUAAGGUAUCUUUACCUGGUAAUGAGUUUUUUUGUGGAUUAAGAAAAACAAAAGAAUUACAAAUAAUUACUACACAACCACAGAAUUAAAAUUCCAUUUGUAAAUACAGGUGCUAGUGUAAAGAAAUGUGCUAUGACAGGCGUAUAUUGUGACAUUCUGGUAUUCUUGUUGGACUUGGAAAUCAGUUAAGCUUUUCGUACCAGUCCGUAUUUUGCCUAGCCUGUUCAUGGCUUUGAAACUUUGACCACUUGUUUAACAUCAUAGUGUACAUACCUAGGACAAGGUCUUAGCACAGUUAUGAUCUUUUUUUUGGACAUAGAAAUUAGUUAAGUUUCGCAUACCAUUUGAUAUUUUGUCUAUUAACUGUUUGAUAUAUGACUGAAACUUUGAACACUUGCUUACUAUCAUGGUCACACAUUACCAUAUAGUGCAAGACUUAUCCAAAUCCACAAAUGCAGGUACAUUGUAAUUUGUUUGUCUUAUCUAUUCCUUUAUUUUUGUUUGAAAAUCUAUGGUAAUAUUUUGACCCUAUACUUCUAUCGAUGCUUCGAAUAGUCGAUCGCGCUGUCAACAGACAGCUCUUGUUAGAAUAAACUUUCAGUAAUUAAAACAUUAAUAAAAAUUACACGUUAAACAAAGCUACCCUAAAUAUUUUAAAAAUCGACCAGGGGCCUUAAUUCUAAACUGUUCCCCUGCCAUCGAAAGUUUUUUUAUGUCAUUCAAAAAUGUUCAGUAUGUUAUAUUUUACAAAUUUGUUCUAUUUCCAAUGUAAUAAAAGAGAGAAAUUUUGUAAAAUUAUCAAAACUAAGCAACAGCUUUUUUGACAGUAGAAAAACAUAAUAAUUUUAUUCAAAUUGACCAUUUGCACUUAAAACAAUGAUUACAGUAUCGAUUUAGAGCAUUAAUAGUCUUGCAGUGAAACAUCCUCAGUGGCUGUGCCAUAAUAGUCACCAAUCCCUAUAGAUAAAAAUUUCACAAUUAUGCAAGGGAGGCAAUUCAGAAACCAAAAGUAUUGUUCAUAUCCUCUCCAGGUAAGAAGAGACAGCUAAUGAAACAAUACAUGUCAUCUGACACCAAAUUCCUUAGAUUGGCACCCACUUCGUGAUAAUAUACAAUAUUAUGUGCAAGUUUUUGUCUGAAUUAAAAGACUGUCAUUAAAAUUGCCCUAAAAUGAAGAAUAUUAACAAAAAGUCUGCACGUGGAUACAACUGUGAGUAGAAGUCAGAGGGUAGAAUUUUUUUUAAAAGGACCAUAAGCCAUAUAAUUAUAUGCAAACAGUCAUUGUAUACGUGAAGAAAGUAAAGAGGAUUCUGUUAUUGUUGCUGGGUGUUCAAGUGUUCACUCGCACCAAGACGGUGUUAACUGUAACAAGACUCAGUGCCUCUGCGGCUGCAGAUGUUCUGAUCGCUACCAGUACUGCUGACUCCGAUGUGACUGUUCCAUUGAAGCUGAGACCUGCUGCACCCAAGAAGCCACCAGAACACGUAAAUGUAUAGCAUUAAUCUAAAUUCAAUAAGAAUGAGAUGCAAAACAAUAUAAAUAUAAUCGUGAAUCUGGAUAUACUUAAAUGUGCACUCGAGACUGUUUCAGGACAUACUUGCCCAGCACCGGACAUUACACUAGCACAUGCGAACGGGAAAGGUUUGCUUGUAGAAAUGGAGACUUUGUGCAGAAACUGACUACCACACAGGUCUUAUGCCUAUGACAGAUCCAACCAUAAUUCUGAAAUCCAGUAUGAUUAACAUUUCUCUACUGCUGCCUGUCAUGCUCACAAAACUUGUCAUAGCUGCGUUAAAUAUUCAGGCUCCUGACAGAAGAGGUAUGCAAAGGAUGUUAAACGACUUGGCAGAUGAAGUAGAAAAACUUUCCCGCAAACAACUAACCAGAAAUCAGGAAUAUGUCCAGCAAAUUGAAAAACUCUCCUCCAAGUCAGAUGGUACUGAUGUGGAAUAUAUAUAUCAUACGGCAGGCAAUGACACAGCCAGUCAGUGCUCGGCACCAUUAAUUGAAAAAACUAGACAGCAGUUACCAGUAGACAGCCAAAUUGGAAACAAGCUAAAAAAAAACUGUGAUCAUAAAUCUGAUAAAUGCAAAAAAGAACUUUGACAUUGACACUUCAGUAACAAAUGCAGAGUAAAAUCCAUAGAUAAAUCCAAUAUUAUUACACUAAACUCUGUAACAACAGACAUAUGUCAACAAAUCUCAAAAGUUAUUUGAGAAAUCAAUGCCUGGCGGAAGAAAAAGAUCCCGCAUAACAAGUGCUUUGUUCACAACAUGUGAAACUUCCAUCGACACCAGAAAAUGAUAAGAUCAAAGCACCAAGCGGUCAAAAUCGAAAAGUAUUUACCAUGAAACUUGCUUCCAGUCUGCGUUUGAGAAUUCGGUUGGAGCUAAAAUGUCUGAAAACAAUCUGCAAAGGUAGGCUAGUUUCAUCCAUAACGCACAUGCCUUCGUAAACACUGGAGUGCUUCCACGACACUCUGUCGACAGCAAUCUGCAGUGUGUACUGCACAUCUAAAAAAAAUCCCACCAUGUCACUUUUACCAUUCAGCAAGUGUCUCAAACUUUCAUGUAAAGAUUAGCAGAUAGUAAUGUUAUUUAUUAUAUACCUAUAUAAAUUCUGUAAAAAAAAUCGGCUUGUAUUUCACAAUUAAAUAUGAACAGACAGACAAAAAUUCCGUAUUGUACCAUUUAAAUUCCGUAUUAUACCUUCCGUAUUGUAUGCUGCCGGACUAUUUUUCAUAAAUAUGCAUAACCCGACACAUUUCUAUAAAUAGCGCACAUAAAAACUUCACUAAAUUCCAUUUAAUAUCGAUAAAACAUAGAAGAUUUCGUUCAAGAACCGGGCAAGAAUCAAAAUGGUAAAGGUAUAAUAAAAGGGUCAUUAUAACAGUAGCUAAAUCUGGGACUUUGUAUUCGGCUCUCGUGGAUUUUGCAAGGUCGGAUCACACUCGGCGCUUGCGCGCCUCGUGAGAUCCGGUUUGGCAAAAUCCACUCGAGCCGAAUACUGCAUCCCAGAUCAAUCUACUGUUAUAAUAACCCUAUUGUAUUGAAAAAUACUGCGGUUAAGAUCAGCUAAAGCAUUCUGCAGAGUUAUACACUUCAAAUAACUGUGAAAAGGUGCACAGCAGAUUGUUUUCAUAUGCACCAAAAAGUACAGUUUGGAGUAGAAACUUUCUAGGUCUAGGCCACUCUGUCACACUUGGAGCAAGUAUUGGUCGUUGAAAGUCUUUGCUCCAAAUUGUACAACAUCUAGGUAUACCGUUACAAAUUCGGGAUCCUGUAUACAAAUAUGCUAUUCAAGCAGAAACUUUUGAAUAUGAAUAUGGGUCGUCAUCAUAUCCAUGAAAUCUAACAUUUAAGUAGAUCGAGUACAUUAGUCAGAUUUCCUCUUUCAUUAGAUUCCAACAACAGUUUACGUGCAUGGAGAAUCUUUCCACUAUUUAGCAGUCUGAAUCGCGCACGUAUCUCUCGUACAAUGGCCUUCUAAAGGAAAGCAUCUGCUUAUAAUAGGUCUUUAAAGCAUGACAAGUUCUUUGACACGUGGUAUGGCGCAUGGUAUCACACGUUAUGUGACACAUAGUAUGACACAAGUUCGUAAAACAAGGGGUUGACACGUGGUAUAAUACGUGGUUGGAGGUACGGCAUCACGUAUGAAUGAGAUCACGUGCAAAGAGUCAGUAUACUUUUGGUAUGUCUUCCCUCACCCGUUUAACCCUACUGUGGACCUGUCUCACAUUUAUUCGAAUAGUUUAGCUUGAAACUUUCAGGAGCUACUACAGUAAACGAUAUGAUAACCUUUAAAUACCUGCUUAAUAGAUGUUCUCCAACCUUGCUCAGAAGCAUAGGGUCACAGUCCUCAGGUGAGCGACAAGGUGAGCGACAUAAGCCGAUUUGAGCUUCGUGUUUUUCUUAUGGUGCUAUAGAAAUAUGGCUUUCAAAAUAAUAUAGUAUUUGUAUACCACGGUAUGUCUUAGCUCAUUUACAAACUAUGUUUUAUGAUUCUUUCUAUUUAAUUUUAUUGUACCUGUAUGCAGAUAGACAUUUUAAAUCGUGGACUGACUGCCUUACCCUUGCAUGAUCGUAAGAGGCGACUAAUAGGGUCUUAACACUUGGUUUUGCUGUAACUGUGUGAUUCCAGCAGGUAUGCAAAUUUUGAAUCCAUACCUCAUGUUUUUAUUUCGAUGUAAAUGAGAUGUGAAACCAGGAUUAGUAGUCCUGUUUGGCGCCAUAUAACCUAUAUUGUGUUGGCGCGCCGUAAAACCCAAAUUUUGUAAUGGUAUAAAACUCAAGAAAAAGAUGGAGAUGGAAUAGUUUCGCGCUCAGCGCUCGAAAUCAAAUUAUAUCAAAAUUAUGCUUGGUCAAAUGAAAUCAGCCAGAAUUUGUUAUCCUGUUUGGCGCCGUAUAACCUAUAUUGUGUUGGCGCGCCGUAAAACCCAUAUUUUGUAAUGGUAUAAAACUCAAGAAAAAGAUGGAGAUGGAAUAGUUUCGCGCUCAGCGCUCGAAAUGCAGUUAUAUCAAAAUUAUGCUUGGUCAAAUGAAAUCAGCCAGAAUUUGUUAUCCUGUUUGGCGCCGUAUAACCUAUAUUGUGUUGGCGCGCCGUAAAACCCAUAUUUUGUAAUGGUAUAAAACUCAAGAAAAAGAUGGAGAUGGAAUAGUUUCGCGCUCAGCGCUCGAAAUGCAGUUAUAUCAAAAUUAUGCUUGGUCAAAUGAAAUCAGCCAGAAUUUGUUAUCCUGUUUGGCGCCGUAUAACCUAUAAUGUGUUGGCGCGCCGUAAAACCCAUAUUUUGUAAUGGUAUAAAACUCAAGAAAAAGAUGGAGAUGGAAUAGUUUCGCGCUCAGCGCUCGAAAUGCAGUUAUAUCAAAAUUAUGCUUGGUCAAAUGAAAUGAGCAUACUGUUUUCAUUUUGUGAUACUUUUGUAGAAUUUGUUGGAAAUGAAGGUAGGGAGAAUGUAUAUUUUAUAAUCUAACAUUAUUUUGUUUUUAUUUUUGACUUAGUAAUAUCUUUUGUAAAUAUAUGCAAUGUUCUAAGUCAUAAAAUUGUCUUUUUCGGUUUGCUUUGUCUAAAUGCCUUUACUUGUAUUUAACUUUCCUGAUGUUUUGCCAUAUGUUCCAAUAUCCAGUAGUGAAAAAGUUGUUUGACGUCUUCAGACAUAAAAUGUGACAGACCUAGUUGUUUGAAAUUUUCAUAAAUAACAAGUUUCAUUAUGAUUUUACAUUGUAAAGCAGAAUUUGAUGUUGUCUUUUUUAUUGAAAGUAUACAUAUAUUAGUUUAGUUAUAGAAUUUUAUAAAUGGAGAUCAAUGUAGUUUUCCAUGAAAUACAUGUAUACUAUUUAACUUAGCUAAUUUUGUAAAACAAAGUAAAGAAGUCAAUGUAUAAAUCAGUAUUUUGAAAUAUCUGGAAGUAAAUGUCUUACAAAUUGUCCAGUUAAAAUGAUCCCUUCAGAAUCAAAUCUUACUUAGUUGGAUGUAAAAUUUAGUAAUAUUGCAAAAUCAAGUUCUUUUAGAUGUUUUAUGUAAUAUCCCGAACUAGCGAACAUAAGAAAACUACAAACACAUAUCAUCUAUAUAUAUGUCUGUAUAAGUUCCAUAUAUAUAUAUACCAAAUAUACAUUUCUGCAAAGUAUGUAACUUCAAUUCACAUUCACAGCGAUCUAUACUAUUUAUCCUUUCAACCUUUUCCUAACUCGCAUUUAAAUUGAGUUAUAGAUUGAUAACUUUAUUAGUAAUAUUCAGUGCAUGUUCCAAACGUUUUCGCUGUAUGUCAUAGUUAACUUCAUCAUGUUAAGGCUGUAUGCUUAAGAUUUAUUAUGGCGUCACAUUCCAAUUUGAUGUUAUAUUGUUUGGCACUUGCCAGUCGGAGUGUGAUUCCAAUCGACGGCUGGUCAGUUAUUUGAGAAUGAAAUAUAUUCAUAGUUUCCUCUGAAAGCCUCGCCCCUUUUUAAUAGUGUGUAAAUUACAUAACAUUCAGCUAACUUAUAAUGCCAGUUUCCUUGAAUUUCGUAUCGGUACAUGUACAAUACCUCAGUGCCAAAGCGUGUUAUAUGUACCUCUUGAUAUGGCAAGUUCAGCCUUUGCAAAUUGCAUGUCCUACUUGGUGCUACAUUUAAGGAUGUUCGAGCGUUUUUUUUUCAGUAUAUCCGCCAUUUUAAAAAAUGUUUGUUCGAAUAUUUUUCUAACAUUUUUUGCCAAAAAUUAAUGCUGAAUAAUUAUGGUAUGGCUAAUAAUGUACCAUUUUACCAAAUAUAUUCUACUUGUUGCGAUUUUUUCUCCCUUUAUUUUGGCAGGCAUAUGCCUAAAACCGAUGUAAGCUAUACAAUGGGGUAGGGCUCGGUUAUUUCAAAUCAGAUCAGGUUUGGUUCUGAUAUUUUUCUGACUGAUAUAUAUAAUGAUAAGCUACAACUGAAAUAAAAACUUUCAACGUAGCACUUUAUAUUUUCCAGGAGAUAUAGAUUAAAACAAAAAGAACUCAAAAUAUAAAAAUUAAUCAGUUUUUUUAAAAAAAUCUAAAUAAAUCUCUUAGAUGCACAGUGACCUCAAUUUUUUUCUUUCCAGUUUGAAGCAUUUUAGCGUGUCAUUUAAAUUAAGCUGCAAAAUAGUUUUAAAAUUUUAACGUCAGAAUUUUUAUGUGUAGAUUUAAAUACGUUUAUUCCAUUGAAAAUAAAGUGGGUGGAGUAAUUAUGUCAGCAUGUAAAAAUGAAAGAGAUUUGUUAGAGACAUUUAUGCUUAUAUAAUACUGAUAUCACCUUGUAUUCAUAGUAACCGGCAAGAUCUGAAAUCCCUAUAACAUAUGUUUUAUAAGUACCACAAUUCUUUUCAAUUUUACAAAACUUCAGAAAUGCUUAAACAGUGUGUGAAGAAAUGCCCUAUAAAAUUAAAACGAGUGACCUAUGCAUUUUCAUCUCUUUAUUUGUCUGAGAAACUAAUGUCUUUUAAGCUCAAAGAGUAUGAAAAAGUUCUUAACAUUAGAAAAAAAACGAUCCUACAUACUUAAUUCUUCUUAUUUCCGGAUUUUGCAGUCUUUUGCAAUCUGUACUUGAACUGGUUUUAGAUACACAUAGUACUUGUAGAACAAACACGCAUUUGGGCAUGAGAUUGAUUUAGCUAACGGAAGGUCGAUGGUUCUACCAAGGCGCCUACCUGUGAUUAGAUAAUGCCCGGAGAGGUGCCUCGAGAUUUCCUCCACUAUGAAUAGCAGGAAUGUCGCCAUAUGACCUGUAACUCUGUCAGUGUGACGUUAAACCAACGAAAACAAAAAAGAACAAAAAUAUUUGUUUCAUAUAUUGUUAAUAUCUUUUUUCCUUGUUUAUAUCUAUCUGCAUUAUUUUGACUUUUUGUAGCGACAAGGCUUUUGAAUAGUCGAGCGUUGCUAUUCUUUAGUAGCUUAUAAUACAGACAUUGACUGUUAAUUACCAGAUAUCUGUUUAAGUACGCAGUGACUUUUUGACUGUUUUGUCAAUUAUUAGUCCUUAUAUUUUUGUAAAUGAUUCUGUCAAAGAGCAGGUGAUAUUAGAAAUGAAGGUUAGAUUUUACCAUACAUUCUAUAUAAUCUGUUGAUGUGUUUGUCAAAGCUUUGUCUGCUAUAUUAUUUUACAUUUCAUUGUAAGAGCUCUAUGUCCAGGCACUCUACUUUGCAGAAGAAACAUUGUUAAGAGUUACCGCUCUGUUUCGUACUAUUUAUUACUAGACUUAACGUGAUAUGCAUGUAUUAAUGCGAGAAUAAUGAAAGGCAAUGGCAAAAAAUUAAAUUGAGAAUAUGGAUUAACAUGGAAAUGUAGUCUCUUAAUUGUAAUUUAUAUGUAUAUAACCUCAUAAAAUAUAUAUUCAAAACACUCUGGCGUAAUAUAAGCUUAACUGUUUAUUUGUUAAGGGAUGUAUAAACUUGAUGUUGGUUUUCAGCAGUAGUUUAAAGUACUGAAAAUACAUAUAGUACUUGUAUGUAAACCGUCUAUUGGUAUGUAUGCGUUACUUGUAAAAAUGUAUAGUCAUAGUCAUGUAGUGAUUAAAAUGAUUGUAGCCCA